CCCCACAAUCCCAUCUCAUACCAUCACAUUCACACACGCAUACUCUCUGCCUCUCCCCCUUUAGGGUUAGGUUCAGACCAAAACGCACUCACCGCAUCGCGCCCUCUCUCUCUCUCUCUCUCUCUCUCUCAAAAUGAUGCAACCUGCUCCGACGGGCGUGGCUCCGCAAAUAAUGCCCCAACAGGCGCAGCAAUACCCGCCACAGCAGCAACAACAAUCACCUUACAUGAUGAUGCCUCCACCGCCAACAGCGGCUGCUCAACCACCACCUCAGAUGUGGGCGCCACAGCAGGUCCAGCCCCAGGCCCAACAGCCCCACCCCACCAGCGCCGAAGAGGUCCGCACCCUCUGGAUCGGGGACCUCCAGUACUGGAUGGACGAGAACUACCUCUUCACUUGUUUCUCUCAGACCGGCGAGAUUAUAUCGGUGAAAGUGAUCCGUAAUAAGCAGACCGGUCAGUCAGAGGGUUAUGGAUUUAUUGAGUUUUCAACACGUGCCGGGGCAGAGAGAGUACUUCAAACGUACAAUGGUACCAUAAUGCCAAACGGUGGUCAGAACUUUAGACUCAACUGGGCAACUUUUAGUUCGGGCGAGAGACGGUCUGAUGAUACUCCUGAUUUCACGAUAUUUGUUGGAGAUUUGGCUCCUGAUGUUACCGACUACAUGCUACAAGAGACCUUCAUGGCCCGUUAUCCCUCAGCUAAGGGUGCAAAGGUUGUGAUUGAUAGGCUCACUGGUCGGACAAAGGGUUAUGGUUUUGUAAAAUUUGGAGAUGAAGGUGAGCAAUUGCGUGCCAUGACGGAGAUGAAUGGAGUUCUCUGCUCUUCAAGGCCUAUGCGAAUUGGGCCGGCUACAAACAAAAACACUACCGGAGGUCAACAACCAAAAGCUUCAUACCAGAAUGCUCAAGGGACCCAAAGUGAAAAUGAUCCAAGUAAUACAACUAUAUUUGUUGGCAAUUUGGAUCCUAACGUUACAGAUGACCAUUUGAGACAAGUUUUCAGCCAAUACGGGCAUUUAGUACAUGUUAAGAUACCAUCAGGCAAGCGAUGUGGCUUUGUUCAAUUUGUUGACAGAAGCUGUGCUGAGGAAGCAUUGAGGAUGUUAAAUGGAACUCAAUUGGGUGGACAAAGUAUUCGACUUUCUUGGGGUCGUAGUCCUUCAAACAAACAGGUGCUUCAGCCAGAUCCAAACCAGUGGAAUGGUGGCUAUUACGGAUAUGCAUAUGGACAGGAAAGCUAUGGAUAUGCCCCUGCUGCCCAAGAUCCCAACAUGUAUGGAUAUGCUUAUGGAAAUUACCAGCAGCAGGCACCACAGCAGCAAGCGGGGUAUAGCUAACAAGUUUGUCUUUUGUGGCUACCUUGGUUUUGUUAAUUUAAUAAAUAAAUUCAGUAGUGAGAUCCUGUUUGAAUCUACUUUGAUGCUCUUCCCAGCCUUUCCAAGGAAAACCAAUAUAGACCGAUUCUUCUUC